AUGCAGGAGUGGGAGCUUCCCGCCCUGGUCACACCGUUCCGGUUCGGGUGCGUGGAGGACGGCCUCUACCGUGGCGCGUACCCCACGCUGAAGAACUGGCGUUUCUUGCGCCGUCUGCAACUUCGGUCGAUCGUAACGCUCUCAGCCGACGCACCGACGAAAGACCUGCGCGAGUUUUGCCAAAACGAAAAAAUUCGCCUGUGGCACUGGCACGCGGACAAGUUCGAGGAUGUGCCAACGCUUGCGCCAAGCACGAUAGCGUCGAUUCUCUUCUGUCUGCUGGAUCAGAGAAACCAACCGCUUUUUAUCCAUUGUCGUGACGGAGGGCAUAAUACCGGUCUCGUUAUUAUGUGUUUGCGAAGACUACAGAACUGGAACCUCUCUGUCAUAUUUUCAGAGUUUUGUCGAUACGUGAAGGGCAGCGAGAUCCGGCUCAGUGAGUCCCAGUACGUCGAGAGCUUUAAAGCCGAGAUCACCCUGCCCUCAGAGCUGCCGUACUGGCUUUGGGGCGGUCGACGUAUCACCCGACAUCCCUAUUUACGUCUACGGUACAUAGACGCAGCAUCGAUGAACGGCACUGCUCGCGUGGCGAGUUCGCGGCCCGGUCCAGGACCGUCCCGUGUACCGACACCCGGGGACACGUCGUCGUGGAAUGCCAGCAGCAUGAUCACUUGUGCGACGACUGCUGCUGCCGCCACGACUGCUGUUGUCGAAGGAUCGCCCUCCUCUAGCGCGACUGCGACCGAACCCAGAAUGCCUGGUGCUUCUGCUAGCAGUACAGUCCCGGGCCCAGGGGCAGCAGCCCUGAUCGCCACAUCAUCAGCAUCAGCUCCGUUUGACCAGCCAGGGCGCUCUCGAGGGCAACAGGAUGCGCAGGCUGCGCUGGAACGAACACCACUACCACCGCGAACAAUAACAACAACAACAACAAUUCCAGCAGCAGCGGCUGAAGAAGAAGGAGCAGAAGAAGAAGAAGAAGCAUAUCCAGCAACCUCCACAGAUAUCCAGCUGCAACCAGGAUCGGUUUGUGCAAACGAUGCUUCCGACGCGCUGUGGUUCGCGGCAACGAGCACACCUGUCGAUAGCGAACCUGGGCAUGAGGCUCCGCAACGAGCUUUGCAACCCGCAGACCUGGUAGGACACAGCGUCCCGAAUACCAUAUUGCUCGAUAAUGCAUUGCAAUGGUCGCAGAUGCAGGGGGCACUUCAGCGCGCGCUCCGCCCUACCGAAUGGGACUACAUUCUAGACGGUCUGGUAUUUGGAAAUCGAUGUGCAGACGUUUUUGUGGAUCUUGUUGACUCGACAUCCCUGCGUCGAUUGUUACGACUGCCCAGAUCACGAACGCGCGACAUGGAAGAGCGCGAGCGUGACGACCUGACACCACGACGAUCCGCGAAAGCAACGCCCAGCCGCCGACACGUAUUACGGACCCGCGCAUGGCGAACGUUGAUGCCGGAUAGCAGCCAUUUGGAUGCCAGUAGCCGGGGACAGUCGCAUUUGAUCGAAGCGCUCGCUCUCGAUCAAAUGGGAUAA